CCCGCCCAUGCAAAGAGAAACCUAGAGGCGGGAUUCUACCGUAAUGGCUUCACUUCAUCUUUAUACUUCGAUAAACUCUUUUCAGAAAGCGGGGAAGCUGCUAUAAAGGCAACGUUUCUUCUUAUUAUACGGAUUAUUAGUGCUGUGUUUGUAUGAAGUAGUUGAAUUAACUUCAUUUAGAAGGCACAAGUGGCGCUUUUCUCCUCAUGUCACUCCUCAUGUGCUGAAGCCCUGUGUCAAUGAGUCACACAGACAUGGAGAACUUCCAAAACAUUGAGGAUGAGCCAUUUCCCAGCUUCCUUUCAAACGCCUCGCUGGGCAGUAGUGGCCGCACCACUCUCGGCAACGUGACACUGGGCUCUACACUCGGGAUGCCCAUGGCAGCCUCUACUGUGGCUAAAAUUAGACCUCCAGUAGACAACAGAGUUACUGAUGUCCAAGCAUCAUAUUUAGAGGAUGGACAAUUUUCACUCAUGCAUUCCCAGGGGUCAGAUGGAGGCAGGGAAAAAUUUGUUCUGAGCCUCAAAGAAGAUUUAGACAAUAUGGAUGACUUUAUUGCUGUGAGUCGGUUCUCUGACCUACUGGUGAAUGUUAAUUUAGAUGAAACAGAAUCUGCUUCUGUUUCCAAAACAUCAGGAAGGUUGGCUCCAACUCUUGUGUCAGGUUCUGUUCCUCUUCGGACUACAGACCUCUCAACUGGUCUACUCUCAUUCUCUCAUAUUGGAGACAAAGAAACAGUGGCAGCUCAGACCACAGUGCUUCCAGUGAUGGAGGAAGAGGAGGGCUCUGCCAGUGAAGGGGCAGACAGUGAAAGGUGCAGUGGCAGCAUCGCCAGCUUCCUGGCCAAUGAGAAACUGAUGUCUCUGGACAGCAUGGACAGUGAUAUCACUGAUGAUGAUAUUGAUGUGAACCAACUCCAUGAUGAGGAACUGGAGCUGUACUUCAACAAGUUGAUGCCACCUGCAAUGCAGAGAGGCCAUGUGGAAGGACAAGAAAUCCCUGUUGAGUUGCCGUCCAGUUCAUCUCAACCCACCUCUACUGAACCAGAAAGGAACAGACACAGCUUCAAUGAUGACUAUGACCAAAGGGAAUUUCACAUGCCUGAUGUACGUCUGGCAGCAACAGGUAUGGAUUCUUGUCCUGCAAGUGAUGAAGAAGAUACAGAGGAUGAGCUAGAGGCUUUACAGAACCGGAGCAGAGCAAGAUUCCUCCUACCCAGUACCUCCAGACAACCGGUUGGGGAGAGCCAUCGACCUCAUUUUCGACCAGGGUUGGAAGGAGGGAGCUCUGAUGAUGAAUUACAGACUGCAGGGAGGAACACUGACACCAGGACAGGCAUUGAGCACCGCUGCUCAGCAGAAGGACAGGUCAUCAACUCGCCUAUUACUGGUGAUGGAGGAGGAGGAGAUGGGAGUAGUGGGAGUGAUGAGGAGGGAAAUGAUGGAGGUGUAUCUACCAAUCCUUUGCCUCCCACCACCGUCCAAAGUACCUAUGAUGUGCUGCGUGGCCUGGGCAUCGUGGGUGGGAGCGGAGAGACCGGAGAUGAUGAUCAGCUUCAGUCUUUGCUAAGCAGAUCGGGCAUGAUUAUGCAUGGCCAGAUGGGUGACCGUGUUGGUCCAGUUGGCACAGGGGAGGCUGGUCAUACUGCUGUGGCAUCUGGACCUGCCAGUCGAUGCCCAGUCAAUUGGAGCAUGAGUCUGGACCGAAAGGAGGCUCUUGAUGCAAUGGAUAACCCAGCAGAAGUUCACCUGGACUCUAUAUACUUGAGGGCAGGUGCUGGUCACAACCCUCAGGACAUUUCUGCCUCAGUCAGCCCCAUCCUUCAGGGCACCCAGAGCAGUUUCCACCUCUCUCAGAUUCUUCAGGAAUCGCAUAAUAAAACAGAGCAAGGGGUCGACAUGGGCCACACUGUGGAUCUCGGUACCCUGGGCCUACGUGGUGGCCCUUGUGGGGAUUCUCAAGGUCUCAACAAGGAGCAGAGCUCCAACAGUAAAGAUGAUCAACCUGGAGAGUCUCUGGAUGCUAGGUACCUUUCCCAGAGCUUUAAUGAGAAUCAUGAGGAACAUAAUGAUAUUUGGAGUCACAAACCAGAUAAUGUGGAGCAUGAGUUACAGCAAGGCGCAAAUGCCACUCAUAGCGUGGUCUACCAGAAUGAAGAGGGAAAGUGGGUCACUGAUUUGGCCUAUUACUCUUCCUUUGAGAAGGAAAUGGAGGCCAAUAUGCCUGAGGAAGUUGCUGUGCAGUUCCAGUCUGAAGAUUUUCUUGCUGGAAGCCAGGCCAUGGACAAGAUAAUUGAGGAUCAGGAGGAGUUUGAAAAGGAGCACCGGUUUAUGCAGGAAGAGCAGAUUCAAGCUGUAAAUAUGAGUGAAGUGCUGGGAGACACCUCUUGGAAAGCUCAAACAAGUAGCAACAUCCUUAUGAGGGCCUCCCAGGUCUCCUCUGAACUCGAAGCUGGGAACCAAAGUUAUCUGCGCAUUUCACUGGGAGAGUUUUUUCAGAGGCGCUCUGAAGCUCUGGGGUGUCUUGGCAGUAGUGAAGAGGACAAUGUUAAGAGGCCAUCUUUUGGAUACUUCAUUACUUCUCCUGAGAAGAGGGAACCUUUUGCAUUACUCCGGCCCUCAGAUUUGUUCUCCAGAGGAAGCUCCAUCCACACUGAGACAGUUCAGCAAAGUGAUGCUGAUGAGACUCUUAAUCCAGAGGAUCUAGAUAAGACUCUUGAGCCCAACACAGCUGAAGCUGCACAUGAGAAUAAUGUGCAACCACAAACAAAUGAGGGGCAUGUUUCCCAGAUAUCUGCACAAUAUGAAGAUAAGGAGGCAUCUGGCCAUAGUUCAGAAUCUCCCAACUCCAGCAGCAACCUUAUGCUCAGCAUCAGUACAAUUGCUUCUGCAAUUGCUGAUGCCUCCAUCAGCUCAGAUCCAGCCCAGCUUGCUGCCAUGAUCAUGGAGCUAUCCAAACGGAGCCGCUCUAAAAGCCGCCAGCAAGUAGCAGAAGAGUCGAAUAUCAGUCCUUUAGCAGCCUUAAAUCAGAAUGGUCUAUUGGAGGAACUGCAGAAGACCACAUCAGUGGGAGACCUUAGUACUCCCGACAUGGAGAAAUACCUGAAAAGGGCUGAGGUCUCAAGUAGCGACAGUGAUGGAUCUACUUCACAGUCCUGCUUGGACAUCCUCACUUUGGCUGAUAGUUCAGCCAGUUCUAACAAGCAGACUCAACAGCAGUUGGUGCCUCUGGAAAAUGGAACCACUCAAAGAAAUGAAGAGCAUUCAGUUAUGAAAGAGCAAGCUGAAAACAAAACAUGUCAGGUUCUGGCAGGUAAAGCAUCCAAACAAACGGGGGAUACUUAUGUUGCAUCACUAAAUCCAAGGUCAGAUGCCAAACGAAGUGCAAUUCCUCGACCUAAGUCAAGCAGUUUACCAACUGCCACUGCCACUGCGCAUCCUGCCAAAAGAUCUUUAGGCUCUGGCCAGUCAACAUCUUCCACAUCCUUUAAAUCAAAACCUGCCGAUUUAAAAUCUGGCCUUGAGAAAAACAAAAAUGACUAUCGUGCAACACCAUCCACCAAUAAAAGUCUCUCUGAAACCAGGAUCAAAAUGGGAACAGCUCGACCACAAGUAGCAAGCAGUUCCACCACAAGUAACCGCCAAUCUCUGAAAGGUGAUGGGUCCAUGUCAACUCCUGCUUUUGGCCCAAAGACCUCACCUGGCCUUCGAAGUGGUGGCCGCUCAGAGCUAUCGUCAUUGAAGACCUCCCCACACAAACCCAAGGCAACAGGAGGCCGGACAGACAAACCUGUUAUUAACCAGGCACGAUCACCCAGAAGCCCUAAAGCCGCUCAGUCUGUUUCAAAAGAGAAAAUUGCAGCUGUUGAUCGUCAGGAUUCACUGCCAACAACACAGGAAAAAUUUGGCUCACCCGAGAGCGGCGCCCCUGGUGUUGUGGAGGUCACCCAUUGUAAUUUCAGACCGUCCACCUCCCCUCUUACCCACUCCAGUCCAAGCCAGGCCUCCAUUCCAAGUGGAUAUGGGGAGAUGUCUCCAUGUUCACCCGGUAGUGGGAAGGCUGCUGGAGAUCCUAGUUCCCCACAGUCUCCUUGUUCAAGCCCAACUCUCAGCAGGCUGACUUACCUUUCCAUUAAUGAGAACACUUGCAUGCCCACCCCUGAUCACCACAAGAAAAACACCUCAAUGGCUUUAAGCACCACUAUAAUCAGAGCCAGCCCAACUCCUCCAGUGGAGCCAUUUGAUAAUGGAAAUGUUUUGAGUUCUUCAAAGAGUCCUGAACCUCUUUGCCACUCUGAAGUUCCAGGCCUCAAUCAAAAGACCUCAGAACUGGGCUCACGUAGCCAAAGUGAGAGUGACUUCCAUAAAGAAAAAAAUGGACACCCUAAGGGCAACCGCCAGUCUGAGCCUAGGCCGAGGUUGUACACUCAAGGGGAUUCUGGGUACUCAAGCAAACUAAACAUUCAGCAUCCACCUGGAACAGCCACAGAACCAGCGCACCAAUUGUUGCCUCAUGUCUUGGGGUCUGGGUCUUGUUUUGGUGUUGCGGAUGACUUGACAUAUGGGCCAGUUCCGAGCUACAGCUCUCAGGGUGCCCUGUCAAACCUUCCCAGCCACCUUACAGGAUGUUCCCUCUUCAGUUCCCAAAUGGCACAGCAGUAUCUGAGCUCAGAGGGUCCUCUACAUGCUCCUUCCUAUCAGAUUGGAGGGCCAUCUGGUUUGUAUGGAGUAUCAGCUGCAAUGUCUGCUGCAAACCCAUCUAUCGGACAUAUGCAUGUCCCUGGAUCUACAAGUCUUCAGUCUGGUUACCUUAACUCUGGUCAACAACAUCCUCCUCAUUAUCCAGUCAGCAAGACCUAUGGACAGCCAAGUGUUGGGUCAUGGGCCGCACGAGAUAUGGGAGACCUUAGAACUCAAGUGAUGGUUCCAAAUGAGCUGAAGUUUCCCAGUUCUUGCUGUGUGGGAAUUGCCUCUCAGACGUCCCUCAACAUCUUCAACCCUUCUGAGCGCUGGCAGCAAGUUUCCAUCUCCAUCACAAGCUUAUCCAUUGAUGGAGAGAAGGUGGAGUCUCUCCCAUUCCAGUGGCUCAUAGUAAAGAAUAAGACAAUAAUUGGACCCAAAUGUACAGAAGAACAGAAGGUUUUGUUCAUAGCUCCAAGGGCUGGACUGUAUCAGUGUACUCUCAGUGUGGCAUCCUGGCCUGCAUCUGCAGAAACAGAGGUGGUGGCUCACGCCGAAGUCUUUGCCAAGAAAGUGGUGCUGAUCGCUGUGGCUGAGAACCCUUCAAUAGAGGUGGACGUUGGAAAGACAGGCUGUCUGGACUUCGGGGAUCUGGCAGGGGGGAGUACUAAGGCCCUGCCACUCAAACUGGUCAACAGGACUCAUGCCACUGUGCCUAUUCGACUGGUUAUCAGCGCGAAUGCAUCAGCUUGGCAUUGUUUCGGCUUCUCUAAGAGCCCGGUUGCCAUGAGCACAGACGGUUCCCUUCAUUCUGGCUCAACCCUGACUUCACUUUCUACUUCAUCAGUCAUAAACCAUGUGCUGCAUGCCAGUUAUUCAGAGAAUCAAGAAAGCUUCUUGGUGUGGAUUCAUUUCAGUGCCCCUCAGAAGUACAAUUCAAGUUCAGGUGAGUUGGGGCCAGCCGAUGAAUACAGUGCACGGGUGGAUAUUGAGGUGGACAGUCCAGGCCCCAGUCAUGUGAUCCAGAGUGUAGCCCUGAGGGCAAGGUCAGGCACUCCCAGAGUGCAUGCUCCCAAAGACCUACAGACGGUGUGUCUUCAGGCUCCUUUGGGGCAGACUGCAAAGCAGACUCUUCCAUUAAAGAAUGCGGGCAACAUUGAUGUUCUGCUCAGACUAAAGAGUGCUAAUGGUGACGGCUGUUUCACUGUGAGGCCAGAGGAACUGGCUCUGAAAGCUGGAGAGGAGCAAGGCGUAGUGGUCUCUUUCACUGCCCAGGACACACAAAAGCGCAAGGAAAGCAUGUUGUCGAUUCUGGUUCUACCCAGUGGACCUCAGUAUGAGGUGAUGUUGAAAGGAGAGAUGGUCCAGGGAGUUUCUGGGAAAGUGGCAUCCCUACCUGCUGUAUUAUCACAGGCUGAAGUCCCACCCAUCCUCUCCAACAAACAGUUCAUGGCAUGGGGAGGAGUUACUUUGGGCAGAGCAGUGCAACAGAAACUGGUGCUAAGGAACAAUUCACCCACUACAUCACAGCAACUCAGACUUCUCAUCAGGGGUCAAGACCAAGAUUGUUUCCAGCUGCAGAGUUCAUUCGGCCCAGAUGAGCGACUGACACGUAACAGAGAGCUGUCAAUCAAACCUAAAGAGGAUGUGACUGUUCAUCUGCUCUUUGCUCCCACUCGCGUUGCCUCCAUGCUGGCCAAACUGGAGAUUAAGCAGUCUGCUGCACGUGCCUCCCAGCCUGGGGUCAAAUUCACUAUCCCUUUGUCGGGAUAUGGCGGCACAAGUAACGUGAUCCUGGAGGAGUUGAGGAAACGUUCAGAUGGCUAUGUGGCCACGCUGGGUGGAGUUCAGGCUGGCCGUGUCAGUAAACUCUGCGUGUGCGUGCGGAACACGGGCUCACGUGCUGCCUUCGUAAAAGCAGUACCCUACAGCAAUCUUCAGAAUCGAGCUGUCAUGGACUCGACCAUUAUUAGCUUGUCCCCUUCACAGUUCGUCCUGAAAGAGAGAACGCAGGAGGUGAUCACAAUAGCGAUGAAGGCUUCACGCAGAGAGCAGGCUCUCUGUCAGUCCGGUGCUGCUCUCCUUGCCACUGUCUGCCUGUUCUGUGGGGACGAGGUCUCUCGACAACAGUUCAGGAAGUUAUUACAAAUCAAACCAGAAGCAGGGAAUAAAGUACUGUCUGAGAACAGCCUAUUGAAGAGUAUCCCCUUUGAUGAAAUGUUCCUUGGAGAGGAGCAGGUUCAGGAGGCCUAUGAUCUGCCUCAGAGGCCAAAUGAAGCUCAAAUUUUCUAUGGCAACAUGAGCAAAGUGAUGUUGUCACUGUUUGGCACUAUGGAAAUGUCAGACUCUGGAGAGAGUGACCAUAUGGAGUCCAUCAGACCUUCACAACGGCACGCUUCUGAAUCAGACAGUUCUCCACGCAGCGGUUUGGGGUCAUCGGGCCGUUACAUCAGUAAUGUUUCUCUGGACGUGCUGCCAGUCAAAGGUCCUCCAUUGAGCCCAUCAGAACCUGUGCUGACACAAACAGAGCUGAACCUGAAGAACGCCUGGAGCAUCAAGCCUGAACAGCUGGUUCUCACUGCACCCACUAUCAACAGUGCGGCUGACACCAGGCAUGUGCAAAUACUGAACCGCUCAAACAGAGAGCUGAGCUUUGAGCUGUCCUGGCCUGCCCACUGCCUUACCAUCACCCCACAGCACGGAGUCAUUGAACCUCAGAGCCAUUUGCAAAUCCUCAUCAGUCCCAAUCCAUCUCUGGCAUCCAAAUCCUCCAUGCUGCCCUGGAGUGGGCAGAUCUAUGUGCAAUGUGAUAAUCAACAGAAGUCCAUUAAAGUCCAGAUCAGGCAGGAUCUGGCCAUGGAUGUCUCUGCCACUAGCUGUGCCAUGGACCGCUCUUUAUGCCCACUACCCCCUCAGGCUGAGACCCCUACUGUACCAGGACAGAAACCUCAGAGCAGCAGCGCCCAACCUCAGGUUGAGAUCAAGAACCGAACCUUGGUCUUCCCACCCACUGCCUCUGGAGAGUCAUCAGAAUGUUCUCUGGAUGUGGAGAAUCAUGGAGAGGAGGUGAGGUGGUACCUCUCUUCAUUUGCACCUCCAUACGUGAAGGGUGUCGAUAGCAGUGGAGAUGUUUAUCGUGCCACAUACUCUGCCUUCAGAUGUGAGAAGGUAUCUGGGACUUUAGGGAUUCAAGAGAGGAUGAAGGUUCCAAUCACUUUCCUCCCACGUGACCGAGGAGAUUAUGCCCAAUUUUGGGAUUUGGAAUGCCACCCAGCAGCCAAACCUCAGCACAAGAGCCGUGUUCGCUUUCAGCUGUGCGGCACUGGCAUAAGAGCAGGAGAAGGAUCGAGUGUUAAAGAAAAUUGCUCCUUGGUGAAAACAGAAGCCACUGUGAAGAACAGGAAGAGACUGGAGUCUGCAGGCUCAAAGACAGGAUCUUCAACUGAGACCCAAAAGAGGGGAGUUUAUGCACCCCAAAGUCUGUACACAUUUCCUGCCACACGUGUGGGCUUCACCAGCACGCUGAAGGUUAACUUCAGAAACAACUCCUCCAACACACAUGAGCUAAAAUUCAUAAGUCCUAAAGAGCCUUUCCACAUCAAGCAUUCAAAUUAUUCUCUAAGAUCACAACACUACAUCAACCUCCCUGUGCAGUUCGUGCCGGCCGCUGCAGGCCAGUUUUCCGGCAUGCUACUCGUACAGACGGACACAGACGCUAAACUCGCCAUAGAGCUCAGUGGAGAAGCCUUGCCAUAAAGACCUGCUCAACAUACCCGCUCACCGCCAGCAGAGGCCACUGUAAGACGAAGCUAAUAAUGAAGAGACCUACUUGAACAUUUUUUUUUCUUCUAAACGCUUUGCAAAAGAAUGUCAAGCUUUGUGUUUUUCCCCCACCCUUUGUUUUUACAGUUGUCAACUAUCAUCAUUAUACUUGCAUUCUUUUAGAUACAAGCACCAUGCAAUAUGGAUAUUAUAUAUCCAGCAUCACAACUCAACACUUGUCAUUAUUUUUGUGUUUGCCACAGUUUAUCACCUUUGUAUCACUGAUGUAAUGUCUGAAUCAGUUUUCCUGCCAUUUUCUACCUUGUUGGAAGGAUUUGUUUUAUUUUUGUGUAACUGUUAACAUGAGCUCACCUGUUGAUAGAAGUGUUCACAUAAUGAGGCUGGACAAAUAUUUUGAAGAAAGAUCUGCAUCACCAUUAGUUAAAGAUUGCACAUGCUCUGUACAGCACAAAAACCAUUUUAUGUAUUUUUUUUGUUGUCUGUGUGCGUGUCGUAGGUAUUUAUUUUAAAUCAGUUCUUGAUAAAUAAAAAAAUUAAUUUUA